UCACAGAGCUACGCAAGCCGAACAGAGACCGAUUGGAGCUCGAUCCUACGACGGAGAGGAGGAAAGAGGACAGUAUUGAGGAAGAUCUUGUAAUCAAAAUACCGUCCAAAUUUACACUAAUAUUACACGUUAAUAGCACUGAAACUCAGUGCCUGUGAAGAUGGGAGACAAGGCGGGGACCAGAGUCUUCAAGAAGUCCAGCCCCAACUGCAAGCUCACAGUAUACCUGGGGAAGAGAGACUUUGUGGAUCACCUAGACCAUGUAGAUCCAGUGGAUGGAGUGCUACUAAUAGACCCAGAAUACCUAAAAGACAGAAAAGUCUUUGUGACUCUGACCUGUGCGUUCCGAUACGGUAGAGAGGACCUGGACGUUCUGGGCUUGUCCUUUAGGAAAGACCUCUAUAUCUCCACCUUCCAGGCCUUCCCUACCCUCACCACAGAGGAAGGUAAACCCCUCAGCCGGCUGCAGGAACGACUGCUGAAGAAACUCGGCCAGCACGCCCACCCAUUCAGCUUCACUAUCCCUCAGAACCUGCCCUGCUCAGUCACUCUACAGCCAGGACAAGAGGACACAGGGAAGGCCUGUGGAGUAGACUUUGAGGUCAGAGCCUUCUGCGCCACGACUGUAGAGGAGAAGAUACAUAAAAGGAACUCUGUGCGUCUGGUGAUCCGUAAGGUGCAGUAUGCCCCAGAGAAGCCUGGUCCUCAGCCCAUGGUGGAGACAACACGAUCCUUCCUACUGUCAGAUAGAUCUCUACACCUAGAGGCCUCCCUGGAUAAAGAGCUCUACUACCAUGGAGAACCUAUCAGUGUGAAUGUCCAUGCGACCAACAACUCCACCAAAACAGUCAAGAGGUUGAAAAUCUCAGUUCGCCAGUAUGCUGACAUUUGUCUGUUCAGUACGGCUCAGUACAAGUGUCCUGUUGCACAGGAAGAGGCAGAUGACCAGGUGUCCCCCAGCAGUACGUUCUGUAAGGUGUACACCCUGACUCCCACGCUCACCAACAACCGAGAAAAGAGAGGCCUGGCUCUGGACGGCAAGCUGAAGCACGAAGACACCAACCUGGCCUCCAGCACCAUAGUGAAAGAUGUGUCCAAUAAGGAGGUUCUGGGGAUCCUGGUGUCCUACAGAGUCAAGGUCAAACUAGUGGUGUCUCGCGGAGGGGAUGUGUCGGUGGAGCUGCCUUUUGUUCUAAUGCACCCCAAACCCUCUGACCUACCCAUCUCCAGACCUCAAUCAGUCGUCCCAGAAACAUAUGCCCCAGUUGGCAGUAACCUGAUAGAGUUUGAGACAAAUAAUUUCUCUCAGGAUGAUGACUUUGUGUUCGAGGACUUUGCCCGUCUGCGGCUGAAAGGAACGAAGGACGAUGAGGAUGACCACUUGUGCUAGCUCUCCCUCCCCCAGGACCAUGCACCUGAACCUGGGGAGAGGUGCUAGGCGAGUCCCUGGUCUCAUGUUGUCUCCAGGCCAGUAGGCUAAACUUCAGAAAGGGGGAGCAGGAGCACUCAUUUAUAUUCUAUUUUUCAUUUCCCCCCCUUCUACUUCUUCUUCUUCUCCUUCUUCUUCUUCUCUCUUCUUUAUUGUAUAUCUUUGAUUGCAUUUUCCAUUUCUACUCCUUUGUUUUGUCACGCGUUUGUUUGCGAAACAGAGAGAAUGAGAGAUGAAACACAGAGAGAUGAGAGAUUUAUAGGAGUGUCGAGUCGACAGUCUCUGCUUUAGGAAAUCCUUCUAUAUGUUUUGGAUCCAUUCUUUGAUUCAGGGUUGAUGUUAUAUGUUCUAUACGCUCUAUAGGUCCCAGCUUUAUAAGAAGUGGGUAGACAGACAGAUAUACAUUUGUCAUUAUUUACAUGAUUGAAUACCAUGGAACCUAAGGUUGCAAAAUUCCCCAAAUUCCCAGAUUUUCCAAACAUUCUGGUCAGAAGAAUCUGGAUUUCCAACUUAUUCUCUCCUGAUUCUGGGAAUCUUCCAACCAAGAUUUCUGGGAAAACCUGGGAAUUUUGAGGAAAGUUUGGGGAAUUUAGGCAAUCCUCUAUGUAACUGUAAUGUACAGGACUGCGUUGCUGCACAACUACUUAGAGGGAACAUGAGUUUAAUAUUUUAGUUAAUUACAUUGUUAUGACAUAGUUAUAACCAGUUAUUACACUGUAAUUACAUUGUUAUUAUGCUACUAUUAUUACACCUUUACCUUAUCCUUGACACCCAUUAUACCCAAUAUGUAACUCAAUACUUUACCCCUUUAUGGCAAGUGUGAAACGAUUACAUAUCCUCACAGUGAGGGAGUGAGUGUGUAAGUGUACUGUGUGUGCAGUGCACUUACAGUUAUUGUCGCAGGGUGUAAAGUGUACUUACAGUCAGCUACAGUGAGCGUUUUAGUGUAGUGCAGUUACACUAAGGGUGUGAGUGUGAUGCAUUCAGCGUGAGGAUGCAGGUGAUCGUAUGUACAGACAGUGUAUUCUGUUAAGGACUACAUAGGAGAC